CAUCUGCACGCGACGCAUCGACACCACAUAAUGACACCACGCUGAUGCGCACAGAAGGGUUCUUCUCUGGACGCUAUUUGCCUCGUUGUUACUGGACCUGAAAAUCGCCAAGUAUACAUCGAAGUCCUUCGCGUUCGACCUCAUAAUUCAGCUAUACAAUGUUCGGAGCGUCUGCGGCGAAGCCGAACCCUUUCGGCGGCUUUGGGGCUUCUACUCAGCAGCAGCCUGCACAGCAAUCCACUGGUCUCUUUGGAUCAUUAGGAGCUUCACAGCAACAAAACCAGCAGCAGCCUCGUCCCAGCUUGUUCGGCGGUCUUGGGCAAUCGCAACAACAACAACAACAACAACAACAACAACAACAACAACAACAACAACAACAACAACAACAGCAGCAGCAGCAGCAGCAACAGCCUACCCCACAGCAACAAGCAAGCUUGUAUGCGUCACAAUUUGGCGGAUCACAGCUUGGAAACUCGACAUCGCAAUUACCAAAACUAGGACAAAGUGCCAUUUGGGAGCCACCGCAGCAAGGCCCAAGAGAGAAGUCUGUACCAGAACAGCUGUCCACAAUCUUGGAGAAAUGGCACCCAGAAUCGCCAAAUUGCCUAUUUCAAUACUAUUUUUACAAUAACGUAGAUCCGCGUGUAGUGCCCUUCUAUACACCAGGUCCUGGUGAAGAUGAGCGAAAAUGGGAGGAGGCGCUUUCGAAGAAGCCAAGCGAAGGUUCAAUACCCGUACUCGCGAAGGGCUUUAAGGAAGUGGGCACGCGUCUCUCUCUGCAGUCAUCGACUGUUCAAGCCCUCCAAGUACGUCUCCAUGAGAUCAACAAUAGCUUGAAUAUGAUGAUGCAGAAGCAUGAGCUAGAAUGGACGGUCAAGAUCGCCGAAGCGAAGAGGAGGCACAUAGCAUUGAGUCAGCGUGCACUGGCCCUUGCGACCAAGGUGCAGGUUCUUCGCAAUCGAGGAUACGCUAUGGAGAGUAGUGAGGAAGAGCUGAGGAAGAAAUUGAUUGAGCUAGAGAAGAAGGCCUUUGAUCCGGUAGCCAGCGGUCGUCAAGAAGAGAUCUGGGCAAGACUUUCAACCCUCAGGCAACAAGCCCAGUGGCUCCAGUCAGAGUCGGAGAAGUUGGGAAACCAGGUCUCAGAUGGGGAUAAUGGUGUGGACCCUGAUAAGAUGAAGCAAGUCGAGAAGAUAUUGAAAGACUAUAAGUCACAACUGGAUCAUCUGGAGAAGGAGGUUGGAUCUUUGAAGUUAGAGUUUGAGGAUUGGCAGGGCAAGUCACAAAACAGUCUGAAUGGCAGGUAGCCACUAUCGCCCUAAGAUUGCGC